AUGAAGGUAUUGUUAUUAUUAUCAAGGAAUUGUCUAUAUCCCUCAACAUUAAUCUAUAUAGCGGUGAUUUUUUUAUUUUAUGGAAAAUUUUCAAUAAUUAAAGGGGAGUCACAUCAAAAUAAACAAAAUAAUAAUGAUCAUGGAAUGUCAUUUAAGGAUUGGAUUGAGGAAGUUCAUUUAAAUAAUAAAGAUUUAAUUGACCAUUCAAAGAUAGCAGAAGGGGAAGUAUUAUUAUUCAAGACAAGAAAAUUUAGACAUAGAGCUAUUCCAAUUAUGAAAAAUACCUCAUAUCCUGAUCAUUUAAGAUUUAAUGAUGCUUUGACAUUUAAAGAAUGGUUAAAAGAAAUGUCACCACUUGGAAAAGCACUAAAAGUGACACUGAAAAACACAGAAGUUGUCAAACCCGUACUUCAACAUUUAUAUGCAACAAAUCAUUUGAUAAAAAGUCCAAUCAUCCUUCAUGCAAAUGUUUUUAGAUCAAAAAGAAGUUUAGAGAAACCUGUUGAUAGUUAUACAUUACUUGAAAAUGCCCAUAAAUAUGUACCUAAUGCGGCAAUUUCACUUGGUUGGACCAGACAAUCAGAUACUUCUAAUAGUAAUAACAUAUUACAAAAUACUAAUUACCUUGAUUGGGGUCAAACAUUCAAAAUAUUGUCAUAUCUUAAUAGUGUUAAUUAUCAACCAAUUAUUUUAACAAUUAAAUUAUCUGAUGCUUUGGCAAGUUCUGAUCAAAUAUUAUUUUUACUUGGACAAAAUAGACCAUUUUAUGUAAUUAUAUAUAGUAAACCUGAAGAUCCAAUAAAUAAUAUUAAUGUUUUUCAAAAUUUUCUUAGUUUUGCCCGCCACAAUGGUAAUGUUAUCUUUGAUUUACCACCAGAAUAUCGUGAUUUGGUAAAAAAUUUAAAUGAUAAACCAAUUAAGAUAACUAUUAAUAAGGGAGAUUGGCGUAUCAUUAAUCAUCCAAGUCCCUAUGGAAUUAAUUCACAAAUUGUCACAUCAGACAGAGGAAUUGCUUUUAUUGGAGAAACUAAAAGUUUUGUUUUAUUAAAUAGAACAAAUUUUGAUAUAUCAUAUCCAAGUAAACAAAAAAUUACUGGAAAGGUACAUUUUUUACCAAAAAAAAUUAAUAAUGGUAAUGAUUAUGAUGUUUCUGGAAUGGAAAUAAUAUUAUUAGAUAAUCCACAUAAAUCACCAGGAAAGAUAAGUUUGGUAGAUUCAGGAAAAUUAAGAAAUUCUGUAACUAUAUUUAUUGGUGUUGAUGGUGAUGUGUCAAUUUCUAAUAGUCCAAAAAGUAAAAAAAUGUAUGAUGGUAGUGCUGUGGGAAAAAUUCCAAAAAUGAGAUGUUAUGCCUUUGAGUUAACUGAUAAAGGAUGGAGGGUAGAUUUAGCUGUAUGGACAGAGGAUUGCCAAUAUAAUCAAAAUAAAGAAUUAAUUUCAUCAACCAACAUUUAUGAAACAUUUAUUCAAUUAGAAACACCAUUAUCUAAAUCUAGAAAAUUAAGAAAUAUAAUUAUUGGAAAAAGAGGAGGUGAAGAUGUAGAUUUUAUAUUAGAAAAAGCCUCAUAUAAUGGAGUAUCAUCCUUAAUUAUUAACAUUUUUACUUACGUGUCAAUGAUUCUCAUUUAUUUGUUACAUUGCUUUUACAAUUAUUAG